AUGUCGCUUUUUGGUCAAGCUGCUACAACAACGGUUUCUUCUGCAACAGGAGACUUAAAAUCAGAUGUCGAGGUUCCACAACCCCCAGAAGACUCGAUAUCAGACUUGGCGUUCUCACCUCAUGCCGAUUAUUUAGCUGCUUCUUCUUGGGAUAGUAAAGUCCGCAUUUAUGAGGUCCAAUCGACUGGGCAGUCUGUUGGAAAAGCCUUAUAUGACCAUCAAGGCCCCGUUUUGAGUGUUCAUUGGUCGCGUGACGGAACAAAAUUGGCUUCUGGUAGUACCGAUAAGUCAGCAAAGGUUUUUGAUAUUCAAACUGGUCAAAAUCAACAGGUUGCUGCUCAUGACGAUUCUAUUCGAUGUGUCCGUUUCGUCGAAAGCAUCGGCAGUACCCCUAUUUUGGCUACGGGUUCCUGGGAUAAAACUCUCAAGUAUUGGGAUCUUCGUCAACCAGCUCCUAUUGCUACCGUCAAUCUACCUGAGCGAGUCUAUACCAUGGAUUCUGUCCAUCCUUUGCUUGUUAUAGGUACCGCUGAGCGCAAUGUGUGCGUCGUGAAUCUUUCUGAACCUACAAAAAUAUUUAAGGUUGCUAUGAGUCCCUUGAAGUUUCAAACUCGAAGUAUCGCAUGCUUUGCCAAAGCAGAUGGUUAUGCUAUUGGUAGUGUGGAAGGAAGAUGUGCAAUUCAAAACCUGGACGAGAAGAUUCAGAAAGAUAACUUUAGUUUUAGAUGCCACCGUACACAAGGAACGGGAACAUCCGAUGUAUAUAGCGUGAAUUCUUUAGCUUUCCACCCCCAAUACGGAACAUUUUCUACAGCUGGAUCAGAUGGUACCUUUAGCUUUUGGGACAAGGACAGCCAUCAACGCUUAAAGAGUUAUCCUAAUGUUGGUGGUCCAAUUGCUUGCACCGCAUUUAAUCGUACUGGUGAUAUCUUUGCCUACGCCGUCAGCUAUGACUGGAGCAAGGGCUAUUCAUUCCAUACCCCUCAACAUCCUAACAAAAUAAUGUUACAUCCUGUCCCUCCCGAAGAAAUGAAACCACGUCCUAAAAGGAGGUAA